AUGACUACUGUUCAAGUACAAGAACCUCUUGCUGGAGGCUCUGAAGGAAUCUAUACCUCAGGCAGCCUGGAGUUCCUGCAACAACUGUGGAUCAUCAUCAUCAUCAUCAUCGUCAUCAUCACCGUUAUGAUGAACUUCAACAGCACUGAUUCCUGGCUUUUUAUCAAUACUUCAUAUCCCAUCCUGCCUGUAGUAGCCAGUCCCAGUAACAAUACUGGCAUGGAAGGAUAUCUUCAAAGACUGGCUCACUUAGAUGAGGGGCUCUACAGUGACUUUUAUGGCCUUUGGAUUGCACUCAUGGUCAUUAACUCUCUCAUAUUCUUGGUGGGCAUGGUGCUCAACACAGUCGCACUUUAUGUUUUCUGUGUCCGCACCAAGCAAAAGACCACCUCAAUCAUUUACACCAUCAACCUGGCGGUGACCGACCUCUUGGUGAAUCUCUCUCUGCCGACUCGCAUCCUGCUCUACUACAGUGGAGGAGCUUGUCUCACCUGCUCCUACCUGCACAUCUUCAGCUACUUUGUCAACAUGUACUGCAGCAUCUUGUUUCUGACCUGCAUAUGUGUCGACCGUUACCUUGCCAUCGUGCAGGUCGAAGCUUCCCGUCGGUGGAGGAACUCCAGUGUGGCCAAAUGUGUGUGUGUCUCUGUCUGGCUGUUUGCCAUUGUGGUCACCUACUCCUUCCUUUCUACUGCUUUCCAGCACCCGGGCUGUUGCCUCUCAAAGCUCCUCUUUCUCACCAUCACUGAGUUUUUUCUACCCCUCAUCAUUAUUGUGGUCUUCACAUUGCGGAUUAUGUGUGCACUAGCUGACCGCCGUCUGAUGCAGCAGAGCAGGGAGAGGAGAAGGAGGGCUGUCCAGCUGCUGAGCACAGUGCUGAUCAUUUUCACGGUCUGCUUCACACCCUUCCACAUCAGACAGGUGGUAGUGUACUUCUACCCUGAUAUGCCUCACCAUGUGAUAGUCUACCACCUGACUGUCACUCUCAGCAGUUUGAAUAGCUGCAUGGAUCCUGUUGUCUACUGCUUUGUUACAAAUAACUUCCAGGCCACUAUGAGAAAUAUUUUCCGUCGUGCAGAGCCCGAGCAGACUAGUGGUGAUAUCAUCAGCAUGCAGCACAGCUCCAAGGCCUCAGGAGGGACGGCCACUGCCAUUACUAAUAAUGUGAUGAUGAUGACCAAGAUUCCCACCUCACUGCAAAAAGACAAUGUGGAGAAGAACCACAGAGUGUAAAUCCAUACACAUGGGGUGAAGAGAACUGAAAGUUACUGGGAUGUCACAUUGCCUGGGGAAAGGUGGCUGAUAUUUCUGGACUCUGCAACAUGCUGACCAAUGAUAACAGCAUCAGUGUAUAAUGGCACAGUGCUAAGAGCUCAGGGUCCACAACCAUAACCACCAUCUCCUAAAAAUAUUUAAGCACUUCAAUUAUAACAUCGACAAUUGACAAAUUUAGUCUGCAACUAAACAUUAUGAUCAUACCAAAACUACUAACCAGUCUGCCAAAUUUAUGUGUAUCAUUACUUGAAUUAGACAAGUGAAUUAGACAAAAAUUACCUGCACUGAAACUGAUGAGGACAUUUUACAUGUUUGGUAACACAAGAUAGUCUACAGUCAACAGUUUCAGCACUAUCCAUCUGUGUCUUUCAUGCUGUAUGUAAAAGCCAGAAUAAAUCCUCUACCUGAGCAUAUUUGCUACUAUAAAAGGAGUUUCUGAUGCAUCAGAAAAUCUUACAAACGGCCAGGACAGAAGCGUUGACAUUAACAAGAGAAGAUAUUGAUAACCACCAUAAUGUGAUAACAUGUCUCCCACAUGGAAAGACAUGGUAUCUGGACCUUUUUUUUUCUUCCUGAAUUGCUUGAUCACUUCAGUGGAUCCACUACAAGAAAAUAUUUGUGAAUGAUCACCACUUUUGUGCAGCAGAGGGCAACAUUGCACUCCUUUUCAAUGGUCAGUAUAGUGAGAGACCAAGGGCAAUAUUAUCAGUGAAAUGGAAACUGUUUGGAUGAUUCAAGGUAGCUACAAUGUGAAUGUUUAGGCUGUGAUUAUUUUAUUAGAACAAAAUGUGAUAUGAUGUGCUGUCUGGCGUGUCACAAUGUCAUUUCUGUUUCAUCAACAAUCAGCAGAAAGCUGUC